AUGAGUUAUACCCACGGCCAAGAUGCGAAGCAGGUCUAUUCUUCAGGGCAUCAGCUCGUGGCAGACCUCGGGAUGAUGGGACAUGAAACUGUCUUCGGAGAGCAAGAGGUGGCUUUGCUCCAGGAGAAUGAGGAGGCGCACCGUGUGGAAGAUGAAGCAGAGCGUCGGAGGCUCCGUGAGGAGGAAGCUGCUUUGGAAAGGGAAAACGAAAUCAACGCCCUGACCAUGGCUUUGGACCUGCCGGCGCCGGCAUCCAGAAGCCUAUCGACGCGUACUCCCAUGCAGGCGUUUACAAUAGCCUCGUUACCGCCUGCCGGUGUCGGACACCCUAGCCGCAAGGUACCGAAUCGCGUGCCCCACGUGGCCGAGGUCCAUUCACAGUUGGACAGAAACCUUGGAGUCCUCUGA